AUGGCAUCAUCCGCCUCGACAUCUCGUCAUGCACAGAAAUCAUCCAAAAAGGGCAACAUAAAUCGCAAAGGCCCCCAGCGACCUCCCACGUUUACAGACCCGCUCCCUCCGACCAAGGACGCAGUGCUGCGCGUGGCGCUGAAAACGGCGCUCGCGGGCGGGGAGUUCAUCGACACCAAGAUAUACACGUACUCGCGUCGGGCGGUAUCGGGCGCAGUAGACCGGCCGCGUCCUGUCUACGCUAACAGCACGACGCUCAAGGCGACGUCCGAGUUUUUCGUCAGCCUGCUAUCGGGGGGCUUCGCGGAAAGUCGCAUGGAGAGUUUGGAUGCAGACCUACAAAGCGGAGAGGAAGGUUCUACAGAUCUGUAUGAAUACCAUUCGGACAGUGACCUUGAAGACGAAGUUGUGGACGGUGACGAGGACGUCGCGGCCGAUGCGGCUGCAUCCACUCAGCUCAACAGCAAAGCUGAUGGGACAGGAGAUGAUGCCGCUGCAGCGACCGGCGAUGAUCGUGUAGGCUCUCCAGGAGGCGUCGAGUUUGAGACAGCGAGAGCCCUCUCGUUGCUUGGAACAGAUCGUUUCUCUACUGCCUCCAGCUCGUCGAUUGCUCCAGCUACGGAUAAUACACGGCGUUUCGGUCGAACAGUGUUCUUGAAGAAUGUGGCAUUCAAGACGCUGCAGGCGUUCAUUUUCUAUGUGUUCACUGGCGAGGUCAAGUUCGCGUCGCUCAAGUCGCAGCUGGAUCACCUGGACGAAGGGCAACCUGAGGUUGUCUUCGAUAGUAACUCGUCUGCGCCGCCAUCUUGUUCCCCAAAAUCGAUGUAUCGCUUGGCGGAGAUGUGUGGCAUCAAAGAAUUACAAGAGCUCGCGCUGAACGAUAUUAAAAUGAAGCUCUCGUCGAAAAAUAUCCUCGACGAGCUCUUCUCUACAUUUACUUCUUGGUACCCCGACGUCGAACAAGCCGAGCUUGACUUCCUCACGAAGGGAGACAUCCCAUCCGAUGUCGUCGCUGUGAUGCCGCGGGUCGUUGGCCGCAUGGCUGCGAGCGGCGUCCCGCACGGCGGGCAUGUCAUCACGGCGCUGCUCAAGGUACUCGUGGCGAGCCAUAACGGCCGCAGCACGCACGCCUCGUCAAACUCGCAACUCCAAAAAGAGCUAGCCGACACCAAGGCGUCACUAGAGAAGGCGCGGCAAUGCCCCAAUGGUCACAACCGGACCGCCCAGACGCAGGUGUACUGCAACAACUGCGGCACGUAUUACUAUGUGUGA